CUUAGAAAAAUACUAAGAAAACCCCAAUGAAGAUGCAGAGCAGCUGCAGCGCCGAAAGAAAAAGCGAGACAAAGAGCAUCUUUCUCUUUUGAGUCUUCUCUUCUAUCUCUCUCUCACACACACACACUCUGAGCCUAUUGCUUUCACUUUGUGAAAGAAACCGUUGCUUGUUUAACGUCAUCACCACCUUCGACCCUUCCCUUUCCAACGUUGUGUUUCCAAGAAGCCAAGCAUUCACUUUAGGGAGAAACAAACACUCUCUUUUAUAUGCUUUUUUCUCAUUCGUUUCUCAUGUGCUUCAACGUUUAUUCUUCUCGGCUGGUGUUGAUACUGUUUGCCUAGUCCCUUUGCCUUUCAACGUUUCUCCAUGUCGAACUCGGUCAAGGUGCGAUUUGUGCGUUGCCCAAAGUGUCAAAAUCUUCUUGCCGAACCCAUCGAUUACUCUGUUUAUAAAUGUGGUGGUUGUGGUGCGGUUCUUAAAGCGAAGCAUAAGGGUUAUGUGUGUGGUAGCUUGUCGGAUGACGGUAAGGUUGGAGUUGGAGAUUCUGGUAAAUCGGAAAGUUCAUUGGAGAAGGGCCUAGUGGAUCGCAGUGAUGCUAAGCCACGAACUGAGAUGGAAAGUGUGAGAUUUUCCACUUCCAAGUAUCCUGAUGAAGGACCUUCGAAUGGCUUUUCUAGUAAAUAUAUGGGAUCGUGGAGGAAUCGCAAUGAAGCAGAUGGUGCAGACAUGGUUCAGCACCUUGAGCAGGAUCGAGCUGAGCUUCUAAGGAAGCUAGAUGAGUUGAAGGUUCAUCCAUGUGUGCUUACUCGCCCACUUGAUGCAAGUGUGUGUCCACCGUCUCAACUUUCAAGCAUGGCCAGUCUGGGAACAGCGUUAAAUAGUUUUGCUUGGACAGUGGACAGUGCAAUAAGGAGUAGUAGUGGUUCCAGCGGUGAAGAAACAUUCCCUGUGCGGAGUUUUGCUUCGGUAGUGGACCGUGCGAUCAACAGCGACAGUGCUGAAGAUGUUGAAGAAGAUUUUAUGUUAUUCACUCGGACUGAGAUUGUUGCAACAGCCACCGACAAUUUCUCAGUUGAAGUUGAAAACACUAUCAAGAAAAGCGUCCAAGAUUGCUCCUGGUCUAAUCAUACAGGUGAUCCAAGCCUACUCAACGUUGUUACUGUAAAUGGGAAGCCCAUGUCAAACUUUAACAUCAAGAAGGCCGAGAAAAUAGCAGGACCAAUCCAGCCUGGAAAUUAUUGGUUAGCAAUAAAUAGAUUUUGGGGUGUGAUGGGAGGGCCCUGUCUUGGAAUAAUUCCUCCAUUUAUAGAAGAGUUCAAUCAUCCCUUGCCACACAAAUGUUCUGGUGGAAAUACUGAUGUUUAUGUAAACGGCAGGGAACUUCACCAAAAGGACUUGGAUUUGCUAGCAGGGAAAGGACUUCCCACAGAUAGAGACAGAUCUUAUAUCAUUGAAAUUUCUGGGAAAGUCUUUGAUGCAUACACAGGUGAAGAGUCCAACAGCCUUGGCCAAUUGGCACCCGUCGUGGAGAAAAUGAAGCAUGGAUUUGGCAUGGCAGUACCACUAUUUCAGCUACAACGUUAUAAACAUGAAACACGAGCGAAGUACAAAGGUUAUGUUGCUGUAAAUGGGAAGCGUAUGUCAAAUCCUGUCAUCAACAGGGCUGAAAAGCUAGCUGGAAUAAUCCUUCCUGGAAAAUAUUGGUAUGAUUUUAGAGGUGGAUUUUGGGGUGUGAUGGGAGGGCCUUGUCUUGGAAUAAUUCCUCCAUUUAUAGAAGAGUUCAAUCUUCCCAUGCCAUACAAAUGUUGUGGUGGAAAUACUGGUGUUUAUGUAAAUGGUAGGGAACUUCACCAAAAAGACUUGGAUUUGCUAGCUAAGAGAGGACUCCCCAAGGAUAGAGAUAGGUCUUAUAUAAUUGAAAUUUCUGGGAGAGUGCUGAAUGAAGACACAGGUGAAGAGCUGUUGGGGCUAGGCAAACUUGCACCAACGAUGGAGAGAAGGAAACGUGGAUUUGGCAUGAAAGUACCCAGUGGCGGAGCUUAAGCAAUUUAUUUUAGUUGUAGUGUAUUUUAUAUAUUUAAUUUAUUUUAGUUUUAACAUAUUUUACAUAUUCGGUAUUUUAAAACAUUUGUAUAUCAACUUUGGUUACACAAAAUAUUUUUUAAAGAUCUGUCCAAGUAUGCUUAUGUAGAAAGAUUUGCAAGAUUACUUGAAUUUCUUCCAUUGUAUGAACAAGUUCAUGUGAUUUUGUACAUGGCUUGAAUUUGAUAUUACC